CGUGAAGGCAACGUGACGUAAUCUCCUGCGACGCACGUGUGAGCAGUGUGGUGAGGGCAGAGAGAGAGAAAUGGCAGCUGAGAGGCUUCAGUUUCAUGAAAUGGGCUUAGACGACCGUCUUUUAAAGGCGGUUGCAGAUCUGGGUUGGUCCCAGCCCACUCUGAUCCAGGAGAAGGCCGUCCCUCUGGCCCUGGAGGGGAAAGACCUGCUGGCUCGAGCCCGGACCGGCUCCGGAAAGACUGCAGCUUAUGCCAUACCUGUGAUCCAGCGCGUCCUGGCCUCCAAACAGAGCGUUCGUGAGCAGGACGUGAGAGCUCUGAUCCUGGUACCAACCAAGGAGCUGGGUCAGCAGGUUCAGACCAUGAUCAGACAGUUGACGGCGUACUGCUCCAGGGACGUCCGGGUGGCCGACAUCUCCGGGAAAGCGGACCUGUCUGCGCAGAGGCCCAUCUUAAUGGAGAAGCCUGACGUGGUCGUGGGGACGCCGUCCCGUGCGCUCGCCCACCUCAACGCCCAGAACCUGGUCCUGCAUUCGUCCCUGGAGACGCUGGUCGUAGAUGAGGCCGACCUGCUCUUCUCCUUUGGCUUCGAGGCGGACCUGAAGAACUUGUUGUGUCACCUGCCGAAGAUCUACCAGUCGUUCCUGAUGUCUGCGACUCUCACUGAGGAUGUUCAGGCCUUAAAGGAGCUGCUGCUACACAACCCUGUGAUCCUGAAGCUCCAGGGCUCUCAGCUCCCCGACAGCAGCCAGCUGCAGCAGUACAGCAUUAAAUGCGAGGAGGAGGACAAGUUCCUGCUCAUCUACACGCUGCUGAGGCUGCGGCUGGUUCAGGGCAAGACGCUGGUGUUCGUGGGAGCGGUGGAGCGAUGCUACAGACUCAAACUGUUCCUGGAACAGUUUGGGAUUCCUGCCUGCGUGCUGAACUCGGAGCUGCCCGUCCAGUCCAGGAGUCACAUCAUCACUCAGUUUAAUCAGGGGUUUUACGACUACAUCAUCGCCACAGACGAAACCAGCCUGGCCGACCCCACUGCUGCUCCGCAGACGACUGCAGGCAAAGGGAAGAAGAAAAAGACCGCAGAGAAAGGAGGAAAGACUAAGGACAAGGAGUACGGCGUCUCCAGAGGUGUGGACUUCCAAAACGUUGCCAAUGUCAUCAACUUUGAUUUCCCCGCGUCUGUAGAAUCAUACAUUCAUCGAGUUGGAAGAACGGCGCGAGCAGACAACCCCGGCACGGCUCUGUCCUUCAUCUCUCACACUGAGCUGGGUUUGCUGUCGGAGGUGGAGGAGGCCCUCGCAGGAGAUCACGCUGAAUCUGUUCUGAAACCUUAUGAGUUUAAGAUGGAAGAGAUUGAAGGCUUCAGGUACAGGUGCAGGGAUGCGAUGCGUUCAGUGACCAAGCAGGCGGUCAGGGAGGCCCGGCUGAAAGAGAUCAAACAGGAGCUGCUCAAUUCAGAAAAACUGAAGACAUAUUUUGACGAUAACCCCAGAGAUCUGCAGCUGCUCAGACACGACAAAGACCUGCAUCCUGCUGUCGUCAAGCCCCACCUGAGGAACGUGCCCGAGUACCUCAUUCCUGAGACCCUGAGGGGCGCCGUGAAUCCGCUGUUAAGCAGCAGGAGGAGGAAGAGGAAGGAAAAAGCCAAGCCGGAAGGAGUCGUCAAGAGCAGCUUCAAGAAGAACAUCCAGGGGAAGAACCCGCUGAAGAGUUUCCGAUACACCGGAGGGAGGAACAGAAAAGGCAAAGCAGGCCGGUCAUAGCUGCAGCCGCAGUCCACGUGAACGUGUGAAUAUGUUGUAACUGUGCAGAGACCGUCUGCAGGAGGACGGGAUGGCGAGACAAAUAUAAACUGCAUGGACUGUGGAUGAAACGGGCCGCUGAAGCUUUAUGGGCCGCGGACAGAAUGGACUUUGUGAACUUUGGAACAGUUUGAAGUUGGAUUUUUGUCUAAUCCAAACAUGAUGUGAGUGUGGGCUGAGAUUAUGGGAUGAAUGCAGCGUCCAUAUCUUUUUGUUUCACUCUGGAAACAUUCAUAAUGUUUAUUAAAAUAAAAAGAUUUCUUCUCAAA